GAUCUUCGUAAACACAUUACAUAAACCUUAAAUCAUGGACACCUUACUAGUAUCUACAGCACCUAUAGAAAUACUAUUAAAGAUUAUAUUUCAGCAGUAUCUGAACAAAUCCUAUUGUUUAAAUGUGGUUUCUGAAAAUCAAUUGGACGUUAAUAUGUUAACAGGAUCCAUCACCUACAUGAAUAUAAACCAGACUCAAAAUCUAGUUGAUCCGAUUCUGACUGUAUCAGAAAUGGGUUGCUCAGAUUACAUUGUACAAAUGUCCAACCCACAGAAGUUUAUCUCGGCCUUUGAAAAAGUAAACCGUUUGGGAAAUAUUCGCAGAGGAAAUAAAAUUCUGUUAUUCCUGCCGAUGGAUAAAGAAAGCGAUCCAAAAGUCUUUCUAGAUCUUCUCUUAUUAAAAGAAAUUGCAUUGGUCGCCAAUUUGCUUCUCAUAAUCCCAGCCAAUUCAACGGAAAAUUGUGAAUCAUAUGACAUUGUAACUCACAAGUUUGUGGGGGCAGAUGCUCAGGCCAACGAUCCUCUAUACCUGGACUCCUGGGACGCCUGCACUCAGCAGCUGAAAACCCACAAGAACCUGUUUCCCCAUGACAUCUCCAAUAUGCACGGAAAGACCCUAAAAUUAGCGACAUUUACUUACAAGCCUUAUGUUGUACUUGAUCUCGAUAACACUACCGUGCCAGGAGGCUACGAUGGGCUUGAAAUGAGGGUUAUGGCUGAGUUUUGUCGGUGGGUGAAUUGCACGUUGCAGAUAAUUCGGGAUGACGAAAACGAGUGGGGUGAUAUUUUUGAGGAUGGGACAGGAAACGGCAUCUUAGGCAACGUUGUAGAAGAUCGGGCAGAUUUCGGAAUAGGUGCUCUUUACUCCUGGCACGACUCUUACGUCCAUUUAGAUUUUUCUGCUUCACUUGUAAGAAGCGGUAUCACAUGUGUUGCACCGGCGCCAAGGAUCAUAGCAAGCUGGGAGCUGCCGCUGAUGGCGUUCAGCUGGCCGCUGUGGGGCACGGUGGCGGGCACGUUCGUGUACGCCGCCGCCGCCCUGUACCUGGCUAGUGGCUGCUCCUCCGACAAGGUGCUACUGACUACCUUCGGGAUGAUGGUCACGCAGUCUCAACCCGAAUCUGGCGUGGACUGGCGCACGCGCAGCAUCACGGGCUGGCUCCUAGUGACUGGUCUCCUGGUAGACAACGCGUACGGCGGCGGGCUGGCGGCCGCCUUCACCGUGCCCAAGUACCAGGGCGCCGUGGACACGGUCCAGGAUAUGCUGGACACGAGGCUCGAGUGGGGCGCGACGCAUAAUGCGUGGAUCUUCUCUAUUCAGUCGUCGCAAGAUCCAAGAAUAAUCCAGUUGGUGAGUCAGUUUAAAACAAUGGAAGAAGAGAAAUUAAAAAGAAACAGCUUUUUGAGAACCAUGGCGCUAAGCAUUGAAAAGCUCCCGGCUGGUUUCUUUGCGAUCGCGGAGUACAUCACCAAGGAGGCCAUGGUGAACAUGCAGCUCAUGGUCGAGGACAUCUACUAUGAGUACACAGUUGCCAUGGCGAGGAAGAACUCUCAGUAUGUGGACAAGCUGACGCAGCUGGCGGGGCGCCUGCACGAGGCUGGCCUGCUGCAGGCCUGGGAGACGCAGGUAGUGAUAAACUAUGUAGAUUUCAAAGUGCAACUAGGAGUGAAAUUUUCUAGACGGAAAAAAGAAGCGGAUAUUAAAAGUUUAGAUCUAAACCAUAUUGCGGGAAUAUUUUCACUUUACAUUAUAGGCACCGCUUUAUCCAUCCUACUGUUCAUGAUAGAAAUAUUUGUAGGAAGAAAAGCCAAAAAGGCUAAGCGAAUUGUGGAAUAAAAUUCAGGUUCUAAAAAU